UCUACCGAGCCUGAGCUCACUGUGAAACUGAAAAUAUUCAGAGUUGAAUUCAUUUGGGGAAGAAAACCAGAGGGAGAUUGAUUGUCAUGGCAGCCAGAACAUUGGGAGGAAGAUGCAGGAUUCUAAUGGCCGCAGCCAAAGAGGCCGCUUUGAAAACGGCGUCGUCUCCGGCUUCGGCUACUGCUCCAAAGCCUGCUCGUUCCAACGUUGGUUUGAUGAAGUUGGUCCCAGUCUCUACUCAACUCGGCAGCUUCCUUGGCUCCCCACAAGCCUCUCGAAGUGACGCUGUUAAGAAAGUUUGGGAAUACGUCAAGCUCCAUAACCUGCAGAACCCAGCAAAUAAGAAGGAGAUCUUUUGUGAUGAGAAACUGAAGACCAUCUUUGCUGGGAAAGACAAGGUUGGAUUUGGGGAGAUUGCAAGAUUGCUGUCUCUACAUUUUGUCAAAUCUUCCUAAAACUGGGCUUGGAACUUUUGGUGUCUGGAUGUUGUGGUUUUCUUAGGUAGAACUUGGGAUGGUGGAUGGGUUGCUCUUUGUAAUUUGUUAUUCUGAAAUGUGGAAGGUAACUUGUACUUAUCCUAAAAGGGUGCUUAUGUUUGGACCCUGGAGAACAUAUGCUUGUUGGACUCAUCUAUUGAGAAAUGAUGUCAUAUGAUAUGAAGAUGGUAGAUGUUAGCCA